UUCCUCCUUUUGACCAUGACGUUUGCCUUUCUCUUUCCUUUUUACAGACGUGAAGAUGAAGCUCCAGUGAUGACAGCGUCUCAGGUGUUUGAAGAGUUCAUUUGUCAGAGGUUAAUGCAGGGAUAUCAGAUAAUAGUCCAAACAAACAACAGAAAACCUCCUCCUGCAGUGGCCACACCCCUUGGCAGCAGUCCUCUGUACACUAGAGGUCUGGUGUCUUUGCGUCGAGCGGAGGAAGAAGAGACGGUUUACUGGCUCAGCAUGGGCCGCACCUUCCAUAAGGUCUGCCUCAGAGACAAGAUCAUCACUGUCACUCGCUACCUGCCAAAGUAUCCGUAUGAAUCAGCUCAGAUCCAGUACAGUUACAGCCUGUGUCCUCCACACUCGGAUGCUCAGUUUGUGUCCUGUUGGGUGGAGUUUGGACAUGAGCGGCUGGAGGAAUACAAGUGGAACUACCUGGACCAGUACAUCUGCUCGGCUGGCUCUGAGGAUUUCAGCCUGAUCGACUCACUGAAGUUCUGGCGGACCCGCUUUCUGCUGCUGCCGGCCGGAGGGGCUCGGCGGGUGGCAGACGGGGAGGGCCACUGGGACGUGUAUGGAGAGGGGGCGGGUACUGGGAUGGGUGGCUGUGGGGACUGGGUCCUAUUGGACGGCUUCAUUCGCUUUGUGGAGGGCCUCAACCGCAUACGGCGACGGCAUCGCUCUGACAGGAUCAUCAGGCAGAAGGGCACCCCCAUGAAAGGACUGCAGGUUACCAGUCCUAUCCCACCCUACCCACCUGAGACUGUGGCACCUCCACAAGGAAAGAGGGGCACUUCAGCUCUGACAGCUUUGCUGGAGAUGGAGCAGAACCAGAAGACCCUGGAGGAACAACAGCAGCAGUCCAAGGCUGUCCCUGCUGUGAGCGAUCUGUCUGGCAUUGCCAUGGCUCCUACAUAUGUAGACAGUCCCCGUAAGGACGCUGCCUUUGUUUUGGAUUUUAUACGUAGCCCUCGCUCCUCCUACAUCUAUCACUCUCAGCUGCCUGUGGAAACCUGUGAGCCAGCAGAGAAAGGAGUCCAGGCAGGGGUGGGAGCUGGAGCAGCGACCCCUGCAGGAGAAGCUGCAAACAGCAGCACAGAAACCAGUGGCCAAUCAGCAGCCGGGGCUCUCUGUCUGUCCUCCUCAUCAACACUGAUGGAGAUCCUGGAGGCCAUCAAACAUCCCACGACCGGUGUGCAGCUGCUCCCAGAGCAGAAAGGCCUCCCACUCAACUGCUUUAUAAGUGCUGAAGUUGUUCAUUGGCUGGUCAACAAUGUGGAGGGCGUGGCCACACAAGGCAUGGCUGUGGACAUCAUGCAGAAAAUGCUGGAUGAAGGAGUGGUGGCCCACGCUUCUGGAGACGCCAUGCGCACGUUCGUCUAUGGCUUCUACUUCUACAGGAUAGUAGGAGAAAAAGAAGGCCUCAAUUCCCAGCUGCAGGCUGCUGGCGGCUGGUCCACUGCAGCCUUGGAGGAUUUUGCCCUUUUCCAGAGAAAGUGGUUUGAAGUGGCUUUUGUGUUGGAGGAGCGGCGGCCAUGCGACCUGCCCGCCUUCCUCUUGCCCUGGCUGCCCAGCCGGCCCGCCUCAUACGCAAGUAGGCACAGCUCCUUCAGCCGCAGCUUUGGGGGACGCAGCCAGGCCGCUGCACUGCUAGCUGCUACUGUCCCAGAGCAGAAAACGGUCACACUGGACGUGGACAUCAAUAACCGCAGCGACCGAACUGAAUGGUGUAGCUGCUAUUACCAUGGCAACUUCUCUCUUAAUGCUGCCUUUGAAAUCAAGCUUCACUGGAUGGCUGUCACGGCUGCAGUGCUUUUUGAGAUGGUUCAAGGUUGGCACAGGAAAGCAGCUUCCUGUGGUUUCCUGCUGGUUCCAGUUCUGGAGUUCCCCUUUGCGCUGACAUCCUAUCUGUAUGGAGACCCACUGAGGGUCCAGCUCUUCAUCCCACUCCACAUCCAGUGUCUGCUGAAGAACGGCAGCGACAACCUGUUCGAAGGGUUUGAACCAGAGACAUACUGGGACAGGAUGCAGCUCUUUCAGGAAGCCAUCCUCUACAGGUUUGGCUUUGUACACGACAAGUUUUCACCAUCAUCUUUUAAUUUCCCUGCUGAGAACAAGCCUCAGUACAUCCAUGUUACAGGCACCGUGUUCCUGCAGCUGCCGUACUCCAAGAGGAAGUAUUCGGGUGGGCAGACGCGGCGUCGCAGGAACUCCACCACCUCCAACAGCCAGGGACCAUUUGGCGGUGAGGAGAGGGUGGGCUACUACUGGGCCUACAACACCAUGCUGACCAAAGCCUGGAGGACGGGGGUGUUGGGCGAUGAACGGCUGGCUGACCGACUGCUCAGGGACUUGACCGACUUCUGUUCUAACAAGGACAACAGACUACAAAACUUCUGGGACAGCUGCCAGGAAAAAAUGAACACCAGCGCCCCCUGACUGGACAAAUGUGUUACUUUUAUUCAUCUCGCUACAUGUUGAGUCCUGUUUAAUCCUGUUUCUGCUUUUUCUGAACAUUUAUCGGAUGGAAUCAUGUUUGAAAUUUUUUUUUUUUUUUUUUUUUUUUUGACCAAGAUGUUUAGAGAAACACAGAAAGUACUAAACAUUUUUCACAUCAGUACAGUAAGUAUGAUCCUUGUCCCAGUAUUGAAAAAGGCUUUGGGUUUCCAUUUAAACUGUUGUUUCAUUAUGCUGCAGCAGCCACACAAAUAAAGGCAGCAUCAAGGUCAGUUAGGGUUUGUGUUGAAUAAUUAAGGAAGUAAGCAUUUUGACUCUAUUUUUUUGCAUAUUCUCCAAGUUCAAACUGUAAAAAUUGUUACUAAUUAGCUUUAAACAUGUCAGCCAAAGUGUAUGUUCUGAAAGAUUAUGUGGUCCAAAAAGGUGAACAUUCAGUAUCAGUGAAUGCUUAAUGAUAAAGCGGCUUGGCAACCACUUUGUUACAGAAACGGUGUAAGACUCUGUUGUCUUUCUUUUGCUCUAUGAUGGACUUUCAACCCGACCUGUGAUAAUUCAUGCAUAUUAUUAAAAGCCAAGCUAAGCAUUUUAGA